AUGCCCGCACCCUUCCGUGUCAAAGCUCUCUACGAGUACUCCUCGCCCCACGAAGAUGACCUCAACUUUGGGGCCGGCCAAAUCAUCACUGUCAAUGAUGAGGAGGAUGACGAUUGGUACGGCGGCGAUUACAUUGACGACAAUGGCGUGAAGAAGGAAGGCAUAUUCCCUCGUAACUUCGUUGAAAAGUUCGAGCCUACUGCCCCGCCCCGGCCGACAAGAUCGCGAGCCAAGAAGGAGCCGGAAGCUCAUCCACCAGAAGAAGUUGCUGCGCCGGCACCGCCUCCGCCUGCGCCAGUUGAUGAGCCUGAGCCGGAAGCCGAGGUCGAAAAGGCAGAAGAACAUGAACCUGAACCUGAACCUGCUCCGGCCGAGCGCCCUGUCCCGAUUGUUCCAGUACCAAUACAAACCAAGGCCCCGGAACCAUCAUCUCCCGUGGCGGCUACAUCACCACCGGCGGCUGCUCCCCGGCAAGCUGAUGCCCCAGCCGCGAAGUCCAAGCCAGGUCCGCCUCCAGUUUCCGAAAAACCCUCGAGUAACUCGUUCAAGGACCGAAUCGCGGCCUUCAAUAAACCCGCAGCGCCACCCGUUGCUCCGUUUAAACCCAGCGGUUUAGGCGCGGGUGGUGGCUCAUCCGGAUUCGUGAAAAAGCCUUUCGUUGCGCCUCCUCCCAGUCGCAAUGCAUAUGUGCCGCCUCCGCGAGAAAAGCCGAGUACAAACAUUUAUCGCCGCGAGGAGGAUCCCGAAAUCAAAGAAAGGGAGGCCGAAGUCCAAGGUCAAGCCGAGAAAGCCGGUUUAGUUCCUGGCGAGCAUCCUCAAGAAGGUGGCGAAGAGGACCAACCAAAGCCUACCAGCUUGAAAGAGCGUAUCGCUUUGCUACAGAAGCAACAACUGGAACAGGCUCAGCGUCAUGCUGAUGCCGCAGCCAGGAAAGAGAAGCCGAAGAAGCCGGCAAAGAAGAAGCCAGAAGCUGCCCCAGCCCCUUCUGCCGAAGGAGAUGUAGAGGGCGACAAAGGUCCCGAAGAAGGACCUUUGUCACCUUCUUUGGAAAGGGUUGAAACCGAAGAGUCCCAGGCUAGAACCUCGACAGAUGAUGCUCAAGCCCGGGCACCUCCGCCAAGGCGAAGGGCAUCUAAAGGUCCUGCGGUCAGUGAGUCGCAUGACGGCAACGAAGCCGAUAUGUCCGGCGCUGGUGACACCACAGAGGGACAAGAUGAUACGACUGAGCGUGAAGAUAAUGAAGAGAUCUCACGACACAUAUCGCGUGUUCCAACGACAUCUACUACUGCUACAGCUGGUCCCCACGGCGGUAAGGAAGAAGGGAAUGCGGAAGAAGAAGAAGAAGAGGAGGACGAGGAGGAGGAAGAAGGGGAAGACGAAGAAGACGUCGAUCCUGAAGUAAAGCGAAAAGAGGAACUCAGGGCCCGAAUGGCAAAGAUGAGCGGCGGCAUGGGCUUCCAUGGCAUGUUUGGGGCUCCUAUGCCUCCAAUGGCCAAAGCUCCACCCAAAAAGAAGUCAGCUAAACCAGCCGAACCGUCUGGAGCCGGUGACGAUGGCCAGGAAACAGCCUCUCGCGCAGCACCCCCAGUCCCGACGCCGAUGGCUCUGCCUGGUAUGGGCAGUGCUCUUGCUUCUGGUCGGAGCCAUCAGGAGGAGGAAGAAGCAGAAGAGGAAGAUGAGGACGCUGAUGGUGAUGAAGCCACUCCAGUUCCAUCAAGGACGGUACCUCCUCCAAUUCCUGCAAGAGAACAGGCGAGUAAUGAAGAAGACGAAGACGAGGAGGGUGUGACAACCCCAGCACCUAUUUCUGAAGCCAUUUCACCCCGUCGUAGUAUAAGCGGUCCUCCACCUAUUCCCGGUGGUCGACCUGCACCUCCACCGGUGCCUACAGAGACUCGUGCACCACCACCACCUCCUCCAUCUGAUAUUAAGUCUCCCACCGAGGGAUCUGAAUCAGACGACGAGCUUUCCGGGGGAGCAAAGGAGAAAGACCCGGAACAAUCAGGCACCCAAACAAGACGUUUACCUCCAAUGCCACCAGCACCUGCCGCUCUCCCUCCCCGAUCACCACCACAGUCUCCCCGCGGGGAUGACGCAUCAGCGGGAGCUCAAAGUAAGCGAACCAGUCGACCGCCACCCCCGAUUCCAGGGUCGGCGCCGGCACCUCCUCCGGCCUCGAGCCGUCCACCACCACCACCACCUCCUGGCAGCUUGAGCCGGCAGGCAACCGCAGAUGUUCCUCCGGCUACACCAACACGACCGCCACAGGCGGGAGAGGAGGAAGACGAAGAAGUUACCGAGUAUGAAGGAGAUUAUGAUACCGAUAUUGCUUCCAGCGUUCCUCACAAGGAUGCGCUGAAGGCACACGCCCGAGAUUCGAGCACGGAUGAUAACACCCUCACGUCCCCGAUUCGAGAGGCUCCUCCAAAUCUUCCGCCUCCCAUCCCCUCGACAGCAGCCCCCCGAGCAGUCCCACCUCCUAUCCCCAGUCAGCCUCCUCCAGAUAAUAAGCGACGCUCAGUUGAUGUUCCUCGCGCAGCUCCGCCUCCACCACCUCCUCCAAAGGAAUCCGCGCCCACGACAGCUCCAGAGGGAGGCGACUACGACCCAUACAACUAUUCUUCACCUCCUCCGAUGGGAUCUAGUUACAGUCACAAGACGCCAAAAAUUGACGAAGAGGAUGCAUACUUCCCUGGACCAGCUGCAGCAGUACAGGCAUCUCCCCCUGAACGCCGUGCUCCACCCUCCGCACCGCCAGCCCGUCCUAGCAAUAAGCAGUCUGUAGAUAUUCCAAGGACAAGCACAAGUAAUAGAAGGUCCAUGGAUGCACACAGACCUUCUGUUGAGUCAGACUUUAUUGCGAAUGAUGUUGACCUUGGUGUCCAAAGCGGAUGGUGGCGGCAGACGAACCAGGUCCCACCCGUCUUCCAGGGACGAAAGGACAUUCACUUUGAAAGCGAGGAGACUACUACAACCAACCAAGGUUCCAAGACGGUCAUCACACGGGACGUCUUUGUGCUCUUCCAGGACUACUCACAAACUGUGGUUACGGUUCGAUACGACCCGUACGACCCAUCGGAUGUACAGUUGGAACAAAAGCACGAGCAACCGCCGCGAUCACUUCGCCAGGACCAGAUGGAAGAGUUUUAUGAGCGAUAUGGUAGACAAAUCUCAGAGGCAGCCACUUCCAGAAAGGACACCGUUGUUAGUGACGGCACGCCGCAAGGUUUUGUGAUGGAGCUAUUACGGCCGUUGAGCGGUGCGCUCCCCCCCGUUGGCACACGUUCAUACGGUGCUCUAGUCUACGCCAACAUGGCGAAUGCUUCUACACAACAGCAAGACGUGAUCCGAGCGGGAGACAUUAUAUCAUUCCGGAACGCCAAAUUCCAAGGCAAGCAUGGACCCAUGCACGCCAAGUACUCGGCAGAGGUUGGCAAGCCGGAUCACGUUGCGGUAGUCGCCGAGUGGGACGGAACAAAGAAAAAGGUUCGCGCAUGGGAGCAAGGAAGGGAGAACAAGAAGGUCAAGCUGGAGAGCUACAAGCUGGACGAUCUGAGGAGCGGCGAAGUCAAGAUUUGGAGAGUCGUCCCACGAACUUGGGUCGGGUGGAACAUCCAGCCAUAG